UCUCUUCUCCACCGCCGCCGCAUCCUCAACCCGCUUGCCUCUCGUUCACGACUCUCGCCACGCAUAUCAAGCCCUACACCAGCGCCGGGGACGCGUCCCGACGCCUGCUCCACACCCACUCGUCUCUCUUCUUCUCACCCUAGCUCGCCGCCGCGGCCGCCGUCUCCGUCGUCAUGAGCGCUCCGUCUGAUGCGCAGACGCCGGCCAUCGCCGUGCCGGCGCCCGUCGUGACGCGCGCCCGCUCGCUCACCAUCGACACCGUCGCCGCCGCACCGCUCAGCAACGUGUCGGCGCAGCAGUCGCCCACGGCCACCAUGAACAACUCGCCGAACCUUGGCAGCGCCAGCGCCGACGCACCUGCGGCCACUGGCGACGUCGAGAAGCAGACGCCGCCGCCGACGCAGCCGGCGCAGUCACCACCGGCCGGCUCCAGCGCCAGCUCGUGCUGCUCCGAGGACCGCAUCCGUGGCUUCGGCGACGUGCGCGAGGCCGCGUACCUGACAUGGCAGCGCCAGCGGCGGCAUCUCUUCACCGCCUGGGUGCAUGUGCCGCUCGGCGUAAUGAGCCUGCUCGUCUUCACAUGGGCGAUCAACCUCGGCAUGCAGGCCGCGCCGUUCCGCUUCCCGGCUGCCGUGAUUGCUGCAUUCAGCCUCUUCGUCUUCCUGCUGCUCCUCGACUGGCUCUCAUCGCGCUUCCCCGGCGCACGCCAGGACGACGCCGAGCAGCAGAGCGAGAAGCCGCAGCGCAGGAGCAAGCGCUUCAUCGAGCCGUGCAUGAAGCUGCUCGCACCUCCUUGCGACUUUUGCCUUCGCAACAUGUCGGUAAUGUUCACGCCGUCCUUCGUGCUAAUUCCCGCUCGCGAGAUCAUCGACGGCAAGGAGAUCGGCCUGAUCAUCGGCUGGUUCGCCGCAACGCAGAUCCUCGCCUUUGUGCUGCCCGUGUACUUCACACGCGGCAUCAACUGGCUCUGGACGCUGCCCGAGGACCUCAAGGCGCGGCGCCAGGCGGCCAAGUGGGAGGCGAAGCGCAAGGAGAUCGUGCGCUCGCGCCGCAACAGCGCCGUCGAGGCCAGCCGGCGCGGCAGCACGGCCACGAUGCACGACGCCGCCCGCCGCGGCAGCACGGCGACGCUGGCCGGCCUCGAGUUCGAGAAGGGCGUCGCCUUCUCGGGCGGCAGCCGCCUCGGCGCCGUCGCCAGCGGCCUCGCCGGCAUCACUGCCACCGUCACGGCGCCCGUCGCGCACGUCAAUAUGGCCAUCGAGGAGGACGAGCAGCGCCACAUGGACGCCGUCAUCAUGGAGCAGGCACGCCAGCAGGGCGAGCCGUUCGUCACGUCGGCCGACUCGGCCAUGUCGUUUGGCAACUUCAGCCCGCGCUCCGACGUCUCGUACUUCAGCCACCCGCACCAUCGCCACCACCACCACCACGACCGCGAGGGCCGCCGCGAGCACCGCGACGGCGAGCCGCGUUCGGCUCGUUCCCGCUCGCGCACGCGCGACUCGCGCCGCCCCGGCAGUGCCAGCCGCCCGAGCAGCGCCGGCCGUCCGGUCAGUGCUGGCCGUCCUGGCAGUGCCGGAGAGGCGCACAGCGCCCGCCCGUCGACGCUCAGCCGCGCCGGCACGAGCUUCCUUGGCAACAUCAAACGUCCCGGCAGUUCCGGCAGCGGCAAGCGCCCCGGCAGCUCGGGCGCCGACGGCGAGCCCGACAUGGUCGACAAGCAGACACCGGCACUGCCGUCGAGCGUCGCGCAGUCUUCGCUCGCACCGACGUCCGGCCGCUUCUCCUCCGCCGAGUACCGCUUCCCGAGCCCGCUGCCGACGCCGCAGAUGCCCUCGAUGGCCUCCGUCGCCUUUGAGUUGCACCUGCCCACCGCUGCCUCGUUCCGCCGCGCCGAGAACGGGCCGUCGGAGAUCGAUGUGGUGCGCGAGGAGUCGACGAGCCCGUCGGCCUCGGCCACGACGACGGCCAACAACUCGCGCCGCCAGUCGCUGAUGUACAGCAACGGCGAGGCGCUCGACCGCCGCGGCUCGGAGAUGAGCAGCGGCGGCGCGACGCUCUACGCCCUCGACUCGAAGCACUCGGCCAACAAGCUCGCGCUGCAGAAGAGCAACGUCGAGCAGCAGCCGGCCGACAACCACGACGACGCGGCGAGCGAGUGCAGCGACGACGAGGAGGACGCCGUCGAGCGCCUCGCGUCGUGGUUCGGCGAUCUCAUCACGCCGGCGUUCUACUUCCUCGUCUUCCUCAUCGGCAUUCCGCUCUGGUUCGCGGCCGACAUCGCGCUGCCCCUCUUCCUCGGCAUCAACUUGCUCACCUUCCUUGCCGCCAUCACCAUCGUGCCGCCGAAGAUCCGCCGCUUCCUGCACCCGAUCCUCAGCACGAGUCUGGCGACGGUGCUCAUCAUCUGGGCCUUUGGCGCCAUGCGCGGGCUGAGCAUCAAGGAGACGCUGGCCUACUACUCGCGCGACGCCAAGUACACGGUGCUCUGGUCGCUGCAGGGCUACAGCGGCCCGAUCCCGGGCGCCGGCGACAUCCUCUUCAGCACGCUCGACGCCGGCGUCGUGUCGCUCGCGGUGCCGAUGUACCGCUACCGCAAGGACCUCAAGGCCAACUUCUGGCGCAUGCUCUGCGCGCUGCUGCCGUGCGCGGCGCUGUCGCUCUUUGUCUGGCCCUACCUCGCCUACCUCAUGGGCAUGAACCGCGUCCACUCGCUCGCCUUUGCCGCGCGCUUCAUGUCGACGCCGCUCGCCAUCGAGCUGGCGACGAACAUCGGCGCCGACCAGUCGAUCACCGUUAUUCUCGUCGUCGUCACGGGCGUCAUCUACGCCAUCGUCAAGGAGCCCGUGUUCCGCUGGCUGCGCGUCACCGACGACAUGGUCGUCGGCAUCACCAUGGGCAGCACGGCCGGUGCCAUCGGCGCCUCGUCGCUCAUCUCCAAGCCGCGCCAGCUCGCGCUUGCCAGCCUCUGCUUCAUCAUCUUUGGCGCGAUGCUCCUCAUCGCCACUGCCAUUCCGCCCGUCGUUCAGCUCGUUCAGAGCCUGGCUGCCUGAGCCCACUCGUUACCACUUCGUUCCUUGCCCGUCACACUUCAUCUCCCUUGUACUUUUACUGCAUCACCGCGGGUCCGCGCCGCGCCCUAGACAUCUGCCAAUAGCGACGUGGUCAUCUGUAGCCAAAGGCAAGCGUGCGAGAGACCGACUGCGCGCGAGCGCACACGAUCAGCAAGCCACUGAGACGAUGGAGAUGAGACGCGACGGAGGAGGCCCCGGCACUCGU